GGCCAUGUGUACCAAUAGCGUGUGCGAACUUUCUUCUUCUUUUCUGGCAUCGGAGGUGGCGGCCAAGCCAGCGUGCCCUUGGAUCCCUUCUCCUGGAUUCCCCUUCUCCUGUCCUUAGUCUUCUUCUUUUUAGAUAUAGAAAGAAGAAAUUUCGGGAUCGGAGGAGGAGGUGGGAAGGAUGGGGAGAAUGGUGAGGAGUUGCCUGCAAUCGCUGCUGAAGCUGGUGAAUUCGGUGAUUGGAUUGGUGGGGAUGGGGAUGAUCCUCUACUCUUUUUGGAUGAUCAGGGUUUGGUUCCGGCAGGUCGGUACCUUCUGGGCCGCCGGACCCGAUUCCACCCCUCCAUGGUUCAUUUAUACUUUUCUAGGUCUUGGAGUAACUUUUUGCUUGAUAACUUGCUCUGGCCAUGUUGCUGCAGAAACAGCUAAUGGUCAUUGCCUUUCUUGUUACAUGGUGUUAGUCUUUUUGCUUGUCAUGCUGGAGGCUGCAAUUACUGCAGAUGUAUUUCUGAACAAAGACUGGGAAGAGGAUUUCCCGGAGGAUCCAACUGGGAGACUGAAUGAUUUCAAGAAUUUUGUAAAAAGAAACUUUGAGAUGUGCAAAUGGGUAGGCUUGGUGAUUAUUGCUGCACAGGCAUUAUCCAUCUUCCUGGCCAUAAUUAUCAGGGCUCUUGGUCCAGACUGUGCAAGCUACUAUGACAGUGACGAUGACUAUGUACCUGCUAGGCUUCCUCUCUUGAAAAAUCAUGUUCAGCGUACUCCAUACAUUGUUGAUCCUCAUGUCUCUUCCAGAAAUGAUUCUUGGAAUGUGAGUAUUCUUAAGCAGGUUAACAGGUGAAACCACAUUGUCAACAGAAGAAUGGAUCUUGGCAGUUAAUAUCUUUGCAUAGUGGUUGUCUCCUGUCACUCAACUGAUAUUUGAAUUAUUUAUCUUAUAAGCAGUAAGAGAAACUAUUGCAGAUGGUUGGAGUAUCCAAAUGCAAGUAAACGUUGUCUAUUUGCAACUUAUGCUGUCAUAUACCCUAUUCAUUAUAUACAGCAUGAUAGGGUUGCCUGUUAUAUGUUAAAAACAUUACAUGCUAGUGAGAGAGGUAAUGGAUUGCUAUUACCCUAGCCAUGGAUGCAGCAUAAAAUGAGUGUCAGGAUGUAUUCUGCUCUAGUGUGCAUGACCCUGUAUAGGAAUUGGACGUGACACCCUAUUUUGUGGAAUAAUAAGAGUUAUAUGGUUCAUCAAAAUGAGUCAUCUGGUUCCAUACUUAUAAUGGUGCUUGCCAUGGCAUUGCAAUUUCAGAUUGCCUUUUCUUCAAGCAACUAGUUCGGCACUUUUCCAUUACGAUUUCAGUUUGAUAUCUGACACUUGGACAUGUGUUUAUUUAAGUCUGGAUUUUUCGAGCAGGAUGGCGUCACAAAUGAAGUGUGUUUAAUUAUGUGACAAGGAGCCAAAACAUUCUUCUCUCAGGUAGCUGAUUAUAAUACUCGUUGGCUUUUGAGAUGCUUAAUUCUUUCCCCAGCUCUUUGGCUCCAACUGAGUUUGCCAGCACCGAUAUCGCAGCACUUUAUCAGGAUAAACAAGAGAAAGAUACUUCUGUUUUGGAACAUCAAUGGGAUGACAUUUUGAUGUUGUAUUUGGGAUCCAAUCCAUGCCAAACUUAUAUUUAGGCAAGGUCCCAGUGCAGGUAUCUUUCUAAGGAAAAUUUCUUGCUUCCUGAGAGCUAUUUAAGUUUAACUUGGUAAUGUAUGUUCCAGGAUCUGCCAAUCUCCGGCGAGAUAUAAGAGCCCAACUUGGACAGAGGAAAUAAAAAUGAAAGGAAUCUCCCUUUUCGCAAAGAAAGAUAUUGUGUUAUUUUCUUUCUUGUUCCUUUGUGCUUAUUUUUCACAAUUAUGUUAUUUCUCCAUCUGAGGGGGGUGAAAACAGCUUUUCUAUGGACACCAAAGGAUCUUCUGUGACA